AUGACUCCUUGCAUCACCGAGGCAAAUCAAUUCGGGCCGAUACUGCCGAAAAAACCGCCAAUAAGUGCACAAGAAAUUAUGGACGAGGACCUGGAACAACAUCCACAAAUCGUUACUUCGAAGAAAGGGAAAAAAAUCCCGCAAGCCCCGGCGGUCCCCAUCAUCAUUGCGGGUGAGAAGUUCCCCGCGCCGCCCGGUUUACCGGUUUUCAGCGACAUGGAAGGCGAACACACUGGAGGUGCAACGAACGUGGUGAACAACAAGGGAAGUAGAAUUACAAGCGGAAUAAACAAGGGUGGCGCUCUUGGUACAGCUGCUGUUCUUGGGGGUGGAGUUAAUAUUCCUCCUCCUGAGCUGCAUCCCCCACACAAAGUUGUAAAUCCGUCGGUUGGUUUAAACGCUGGAACUAGUUUUAGUACAAGUCGGAACAAGAUCAUGGAGGCGUUUGAUCACGAUCGGGACGAGUUUGACGAAGACGAACUGGAAAUAAACAUCAAUCGGGACUCAUCCAAAAUGGACGUCGAAGAACAUCACCAGCCAGAGUUCCUUUCCCCGCGGACCGCAGCCCGCAAACUGCAAGAGGAACAGGAGCGGCAACGAAAACGCGAGUUCAUCACGACGCUGGGUGCGCCGGUUCUGCACCCGGUUGGGGCGAACAAUCCUAGUACUUCGCAGUCCAGAUUGCUAGAUGUCAACGAAUUCGACGUGGACAGCGACGAUUCUAUGGGAAUUACAGCAGGCAGGAGGAUGCUGAACAAGCAAAAACACACUGUAGUUCCCAGCGGCGCUUUCGGAGAAGUUGCAGCAGCUGCACAAGUUUUCCACCGCACAAACUCUGGUGCGGCAACUACAGCUGGUGCCAAUGCUAGUAUGCAAAUGCCCGCAGCUUCGCCGAAGCCUUUUAUCGACCCGAACAUCAACACCAGCAUGCUGCAGAUUGUCGCCUUGACCGGCGAGAAGCCGCCGACGCAAGCGACGUUUGAGCAGCGGAAGCACCAGGCGCUGCAGAAAUUCCGCAUCUACGAGAAUCUACCACCGCUGCUGAUCCGCCCGCAGUUGGAGAAGAUGGUUUUCCUUCUCCAUUUGGUGAAAUUGAUCUUCUUCGAUUGUCCGGGGUUGUUCCUGGAUUUGCAAAACUUGGAAAACCAACUUUCCGAAGAGGACGCGUGGAACCUGAAGCAGAUGAAAAUGAAGAUCAAGGGCUGGCGGAAGAAAACAUUGAAGGUAUCACAAGAAAAAAGUGUUACAGUUACACAUUGUGUUGCAGGCCAAGCAAGACAGACAAGCUCUGUCAUGCCGGAUAUUAUGCAUCGAAGCGUCCUUUCAUAGGUAUUUUCCCGUAGGAUUUCUGCAUUGCAAGUUUUCUCCCUCAUGCAGAGAAAUUUGUGUUGCUGAAUUGACAACAAAUGUGUAACUGUAAACACUUUUUUUGUUCGAUAGAAGGACAUCUGUCUCUACUACCCGGAGUUUUUCGUCGUGCUCAAGUACAGCUUUAAAAGCACAACUCCGGCGGACGAGAAUAAUAACAGCGAGAUCGUCGAAGUGGACGUGAUUGGUUUAGCGGAAAAGUGCAGGCGAAAUCUUCUGAGAGCGAACCCCUGGAUGCUGGACCAGGUGACGAAGGAUUUCUCGUCAUCUAGGGGAAUAUUAAACAGAAAUAACUCAUCGAACCGGAACUCCGGCACCAGCGCCGCAACAGGCAGUGGGGAAGAAGAAGAGGUGGACGACAUCUACGCGGAUUUGUUUCAAGAGGACGAGGACCACAAGCAAGCUGCUGUCCUCGGAGGAAUUGCGUAUGGCAGUUCGGAAAAGAACAAGAACCUCCCUGAGCAGAAGCGGUUUCUGAUUCCCGGGUUGCGGGAAGAAGGUGGGAGCAAGGGCGGGAAGAAAUCCUCAUCACCUUUGUUGGCAGCUAGUACAUCAAGUGGGGGAAUUUUUCCGAGCUCGACGAACAAUAUUAACCUCCUCACUCGCCCGCACUCCAGCGAUUCAGAAGACAACGACAACUUCCCGUUAGGGGCCGAUGCGCUUACUCUGUCCACCUAUGGCGGGGCGAGUAGGAACAAGAUGGACGAUUUGGCGCUCUUCUACCAGUACGAGGAUGACGUGCGGAAAUUACAUUUGACCAACGAGGGGGUUUCGACCAUCCCCUGUCUGGGCCACGCCUACCUCCAUUCCGUAAAAGACGACCCGAAACUGCAGAAAAUGUGCCCCUUUCUCUGUGCGGAGCUGCACAAGAAAAUCCGAAGGAUCGACUGGCUGGGCGAACUGGAGGGGAAGGCGAAAAAUUACAACCUACCGGACAAUCACGCAACGGUGGUGGAAUUCAAAACCUUAGCGGACGAAGAGAUUGCCCGGAAGAACCAAGAUCGGGCAGCGGAGGUACUAUAAGAAGAUAAAUUCUCAUCUGGUGGUGGUGCAGAAGCAGAACACCGAGUGAUCAUCGGAAAUGCAAAUUCUACAUCCUUGCAGUCUUAUAGAAGUCUCGCAUUCGAUGUCCUCGUCGCGUCACCGUUGCAUUUUUUCCCGCGCAUGCAAUUGCUGUCGUGUAUACUAGCAGUGGCCGUUUGCGUUUCCGUUAGCAUAGAAUCAAAAUGAUCUUCAUCGAAGAAUCCAAAUUUACAUCAUACAAACGAAAAACAGGUCUGUCCCCUGCCCCUGCUCCAGGCGAUGCGCCAGGACAUCCUGGACCGGUUCGGGAAAAUACGACUGACCCUGCUGCAGAAGCUUGCCAUGGUGAUCGCGAAGAACCAAGCCUCGAUGAUAAACUCCACCACUCUGCUCUGCACACAGAACAAUUUUUCAUCUUUUCUUCACAACACGAACACUCACGUAAACCCCAACAUUGCGCACUACAACGCAUCUAUCCGCGGCGCAAAAGAUAAAAACUCAGCCGCUUCAUCAUGUGCGAAUAAAAUCCUUCACCAGGCGACCAAUAUCGACAAGCUGAAGCACUGCUUCGACGACUGGAAACGGUACUUCAAGGUGCCCGCCGAAACGACGCUAUUAUCGAUUCUGAGAGAACACAACGCGUUUUUCUUUCACCGGAAGGAGACCGACUUCGUCGGCUUAACGCUGGCUGGCGUGCAACUGCUCUUUGUGAAAUCGCCGGUGGCGGCUGCGAAGGUGUUCUACGCGAAGUUCGAAAUCAACGGGCAAGACAUCACGAAAACGAGUGGAGCUGCUGGUGGUACUAGCACGGCGGUACUUAGUGGUGCUGGUCGAUGAUGCUGGCUACCGUGCUUCUAAAAGAUGAGCACGUUGUAAGUAGUACUACACUUCUACACAGGUCUCAGUUCAUGACAUUACCAUAUUCAAAGCGACACUUCUAAACGAACAACUUUUGAGGUGAAGGUUGAUCUCUGGAACUCCUCAACUACGCUCUCCAUUUCAUCUAAACUCAUCGUUAUCCGUAGGAGAAAUGAACUUGAGCUUAU